GUUUUUUUAGUGCCGUGUCAUCUAUGACACGUAAACUAAAGACAACACGGUAAUGUUCCCAAAGGCGAGUUUUAAUAAGAUAUCAGUUUAUAUAUGUCAAUGGUUUAAACCCAAAAGUUAUCUUCAACAUUUAAUGUUGUUUUAGCUUCGAGUUAGCCUAGCCCUUAGCUUAGCUUCGUCACCAGGAGGAAGAAGCUCUAACUAAGUUAUCGGACUCCAACAUGGAUGACCUGUACAUUAAACCAGGUAACCAGGAGCGGGGUUGGAACGACCCCCCUCAGUUCUCGUACGGCCUCCAGACGGCCCGCGGGCCACACAGGAACCUCCUGAACAAGAGAGCAGCUCCAGGUGUAGGAGCCCCACCCCCGACGCCUCCCUCCUCCAAUCCUCUGUCUCCGCCUCCCAGAGGUGUCACCCCGCCCCCUCUACACCCAGCUCGUCCUCCUCUGGGCUGUGUGGCCACGCCCCCUCCUCCUCUGGGACCAAUGAGAAGUCAGAGACCGGCCGACAGCAGCCAAUCGGAGAGCGAGCCUGACGUAGAGCGCGUGGUGUCGGUGUUGAACCGAGCGCUCGCCGCCUGUAGACAAACGGUUAAAGAUCAGGUGUGCAGCGACGUGGCGAAGAGGCUCCGCCUCCUGGAGGACAGCUGGCGGUCCGGGAGACUCAGCCUACCUGUGAGGAGACGCAUGGACACCCUGUCGCUAGCGCUACAGUCGGGCCAGUGGGACUCUGCGGACGAGAUCCAUCGCUCUCUGAUGGUGGAUCAUGUGACUGAAGUCAGCCAAUGGAUGGUCGGCGUCAAACGCCUCAUCGCUGAGACACGAAAACUCAACCCAGAACUCUUAGAACCGCUUCAGAAACCUGCAGACCCAGACCAGGUCCCUGCAGAACCAGACCAGGUCCCUGUAGACCCAGACCAGGUCCAUGCAGGACCAGACCAGGUCCCUGUAGGACCAGACCAGGUCCCUGUAGACCCAGACCAGGUCCAUGCAGGACCAGACCAGGUCCCUGUAGGACCAGACCAGGUCCCUGUAGACCCAGACCAGGUCCAUGCAGGACCAGACCAGGUCCCUGCAGGACCAGACCAGGUCCCUGUAGGACCAGACCAGGUCCAGGACUGACAAACAGACUCUUUUAACUCGGGUUGGGUUUAAAAAAUAUUGAUUUUCCAAUUUAAAUUUAUUUUCAUUUGAAUGAUUUGAUAUGGAUUCCUAAAAUCCAGAAUGGAUCUGUGUCGUAAGAAACUAGAAGACCUGAGGAAUCCAGCAGGACCAACUAUGUCUCGCAAGGGGGUUAAAUACCACUCAGAAGAUAGGCUCUUAUUUUGGCGGGGGAACAACUGUCCUGUCUCCGUCUGUCUCUCCAGAUCUCUGAAUGAAAUGUCUCCAGACUCUCUGACUAGAGUCUGACUUCAUGUGUUCAUGAUCAAUUAAAAGUCCAUUACGGACCUCAUCUCCGCUCUAAAUCUCCUCAACUAUCAACAUACGCUACGGCUGAUGUUUGGAAAGCUAUAAAUGGCCUUUUUCAUCAAAUUAUUUCAACUUUUUC